AUGGGCGUCCCAAAGUUCUUUCGAUGGAUGUCCGAAAGGUAUCCGGGUAUUUCGCAGCUCAUUGCUGAGAACCGUAUUCCCGAAUUCGAUUGUCUCUACCUUGACAUGAACGGCAUCAUCCAUAACUGCACCCACAACGAUUCCGACAGCGUCACGGCGCGCAAGUCCGAAGAUCAGAUGUUCAUCUCCAUCUUCAACUACAUUGAGCAUUUGUUUGGCAAAAUUAAGCCCAAACAGCUCUUCUUCAUGGCCAUUGAUGGUGUCGCCCCGCGCGCCAAGAUGAACCAGCAGCGUGCGCGACGUUUCCGAACCGCUCUCGACACUGAAAAGGCUCGAGAGAAGGCUAUCCGCGAAGGCGUAGAGAUGCCGACUGAGGAAGCGUUCGACAGCAACUGCAUUACGCCAGGCACUGCUUUCAUGGCGAAGCUCACGCAGCAGCUCAAGUACUUCAUCAACAAGAAGGUCUCCGAGGACAUAGACUGGCAGGGCGUGGAAGUCGUGCUGUCUGGUCACGAGGUCCCCGGAGAGGGAGAGCACAAGGUCAUGGAGUACAUCCGUCAGGCCAAGGCACAGCCGGGGUACGACCCGAACCGCCGCCACUGCCUGUACGGUCUUGAUGCCGACCUCAUCAUGUUGGGUCUGCUCAGCCACGACCCCCACUUCAGCUUGCUGCGUGAAGAGGUGACGUUUGGCCGCCAGAGCCAAACCAAGUCCAAGGAGUUGGAACACCAAAACUUUUACCUUAUGCAUCUUAGCAUUGUUCGAGAAUAUCUGGAACUCGAGUUCCAGGAACUGGAAGAGCCCGGUGCUCUUAGCUUCCCAUUCGACAUGGAGCGUGUCAUUGACGAUUUCAUUCUCAUGGCUUUCUUUGUUGGUAACGAUUUCCUUCCUAAUCUUCCACAUUUGCAUAUCAACGAGGGCGCCUUGGCCCUCAUGUUCAACGUCUACAAGACUGUCCUACCCAAGGGUAAAGGAUACAUCAACGAGGGUGGUGUCAUCAACAUGGAGCGCCUGGCUAUCUUGUUGGAUGAACUCUCAAACAUCGAAUACCGUCACUUCGAAUCGGAGAAUGCCGAUGCUGCUUGGUUCAAGGGUAAGAAACUUGGAAAGGAGGAUGUAAUGGCCAAGACGGCGAAACGAGGCACGGUUGUCAUGACCACGCAGCAAAAGGAACUGUUCUCCAAGGUCAAGAGCUGGCUGGGUAAUUACAUGGAGAAGAAAGACCAAGCUCCGUUGGACCUUCCGGUAUCUCUCAACGCGGAGGAUCGAAAAUUCGUUCAAGAACUUGCCGACAAGUUACAUCUCCCUUGGAAGACUGUCCAAAAUGACGACGGCGAGCGUCACAUUCAGGUUACACCUCCACCUAAGCUAGUUGAAGGCGACUCGGAUGAAGAGGAUGAGAUGGAUGACGAAUCCACGAAAGCGAUUGUACGCGUUGUACAAAAGUACGAACAGGCGAAGAUCGUUGACAUCUCACCCGAGGAUGCCCAAUCGGAGAUGCAGAAGAAAUACGAUGAGAAGUUUGACGCGUGGAAGAAUGACUACUACAAGAGCAAGUUCGACUGGGAUCGCAGCAACGAGGAAGAACUUCGCAAACUGACGGAGAAUUACGUCCAAGGAUUGCAGUGGGUUCUCUUUUACUACUACCGUGGAGUCGCGUCAUGGCCAUGGUACUAUGGCUACCACUACUCGCCUAUGAUUUCCGACGUCAAGCGAGGUCUGAAGGCGGACAUCAAUUUCAGACUUGGACAGCCGUUCAAGCCUUUCCAGCAACUGAUGGGUGUCCUGCCUGAUCGCAGUAAGAGCAUCGUACCAAAAGCCUACCAUCCCCUCAUGACCAAUGAGGAUUCGCCGAUCAUCGACUUCUAUCCUCGAGACUUCACUCUCGAUAUGAAUGGAAAGAAGCAGGACUGGGAGGCUGUCGUCAAGAUUCCAUUCAUCCAGGAAGAUCGUCUGCUUAAGGCCAUGGCAACCAAGGAAAACGACCUGACACCGGACGAGAAGCAGCGCAAUUCAUUUGGCGUUUCGUUGAAGUUCACUUACGCUAAAGAUUUGGAUUUUAUCUACCAGUCAUCUCUGCCAGGUGUAUUCCCGGAUCUUCCCCACUGCAAGUGUAUCGAGAACAUAUUCGACCUACCGACUAUGGAAGGACUAGAAUACUACAUUGGCCUCAUGGACGGCGUCAAACUGGGUGCCUCAGCUCUGGCCGGCUUCCCCAGUUUGAAGACUCUGCCGUUCCAUGGCAAGCUUGAGUUUGCAGGUGUCAAUGUUUUCCAACAAGACAGCCGUAACGAGAGCAUGGUCAUUACUCUACUAGAUACGGAGCCACGACAGUCUGUCGGGCACGCACAAGCAAAACUCGGCAAGGCCGUUCAUGUUGGCUACCCGUUCUUACAUGAAGCAAAGGUAAUAAAGGUAUCGGAUGAGCUGUUCGACUACGUUCUGCCAGAGAGCGGCGAUUCUCCUGCGCCUGUUGCUAUUCCCCAUGGACCCCAAGAAAUUUCCAACUGGAAGAAGACUGCGAACCGCAUCGAAAGCCAGUACAGCAAGCGUCUUGGCAUCAAUGUCGGAGAGAUUGAGUCACUUGUGCACGUAGAAAUGCUCAAGGGGCUCAAGAAGACCGACGAAGGCGCUACCAUCAAGGAGUACGGCGAGGUCGCUGGACUACAAGUGGAGUAUGCAACACAAACAGUUGUAGAUGAGGUUAUCAGCGCAGAUGCUCGCUUUAUAGAGAAAGAGGCGCUUCCUAUCGAAGAAGAGUUCCCUGAGGGAGCCCGAGCAUUCUACCUUGGAGAUUACGCGUAUGGCCGUCCCUUGCAAGUCAUGGGCCACGCCGACAAUAAGGCCACAAUCAUGGUCGCCAAGCUAAAGAAGCAAGAGCCAGCUUUUGGACGCGAAGUCGUCAUCAUGGCAGAAAGGUCCAUGCCGUAUCUUCCAUCCUACCAGGUGGCAAGGCAGCUGAGUAUGCCGCCGCUUGCGUUGUCUAAGCUCACGUCCUCAUUCAACGUCAACUCAAGCGGUCUUAAACUCAACCUCGGUCUGAACCUCAAGUUUGAAGCGAAGAAGCUCAAGGUAUUGGGCUACUCUCGCAAGUCAGCCAACGGAUGGGAGUAUAGCGAGAAGGCCAUAAACCUCUUGCAACAGUAUAUGACCAAAUUCCCGGAGUUUAUCGCCGCCAUUAUCAUGAACCCGACGGGUGACGGCUGGGAAGACACGGACUUUUAUCCUCCCGAAGUUGCGAAGCAGAAGGUCAAGGAGAUUGGAGCCUGGCUCAAGAGUGUUCAGACGAAGAACUUUGAGAAGGUACCCUUGGACGCUGAGCAGCUCGACUCGGAUACAGUCAAGCUCAUCGAGGCAGCCGCUGAUGCCAACUUUCCCCUCACCCAAGAAGUUGAGCCCAAGACGGUUACAAAGGUGCCCCGUGUCGCACUGCUGAAGCCUUCUGAUGCAGAACAACGACUCGGACACCAGCACUUCAGCAUCGGCGAUCGCAUCGUCUAUGUUCAAGACUCUGGAAGGGUUCCAAUCGGAUCAUCAGGUACUGUGGUUGGCAAAACCCGCACUGCGCGUGUUCUGUUGCUCGAUGUUGUAUUCGACGCUACCUUUAUGAGUGGUACCUCUCUCGGCGACCGUUGUUCUCCGUUCAGAGGAUCAACUGUACCGGCUACUGCAGUUGUGAACAUGACGGAUCAGCAGGUCGUGCAUUAUUCUAGCGCUGCUGCCGCCAGGCGUCCACAACAAGCGCCUCUUUCGUACAAUGUGCCCCGCUUCGGUGCUCCCGGAGGCCCUGGGCUAGUUCCAGCGGGUACGCCACCACCCCUCCGUGGCUCAUACCGAGGGGCUUUCGGAGGCGCGAACGGACGUGGCGGAGGCAUGGCACCACGUCAAAGCUCUGGACCGCAGCAAGGACAGCAGCAGACAUUGCCAAUCCAUGGCGGACCACCUCGUGGUGGUCGUGGCGGGCGGGGCGGAACGGCUCCCCGUGUUGGACAAGUGAACGGCCAAGCCUCUCAAGACCAGAACCAGGCUCCCAAUGGCAUCAACACUCGCGGUAACCUGCGAGGUGGCUCUGCUGAUUUCGUCCCGCGUGGACGAGGAGGAGGCUACAAGGGCCGGGGAGGCUUCACCGUCAUCGACAACACUGAUCCCGCUGAAGGAGUUGUGCCCAACAACCCAAAUUUCCAGCCGCGAAACUACUCGAACGUACCACCGCCGGCAAAUCUUGAUGGUGGACGAGGCGGUAGAGGGCGAGGCCGUGGACGUGGCGGUUUCCGUGGACGUGGAGGACCAAGGGGCGGCGCACCACCUGCUGCCCAGUAG